AUGUCUUCUCUAUUUGAUGCCGUUCUUCAGUCCGAGCUGGGCCCAGGGUCCAGCGCCCGUGAUGGACCUCAAUCCGACCACCUGCCCAGUUCUCGCCGCUCCGAGAGCAAUGGACCCAUGAGUGAUAUGAAUGCCUUCCCUGAUGACCGGGUUGUUGGUGCCAGCACAUCGGCUGUCAGCCGUCUACGAAAUCCUUACGCCCCUGGUCCCCCGCCAGUGAUCGAUGAGGCUGGAGAGAAAGUGCAGCAGGCAUUCGAGGAGCUUCUAGAGACAUUCAUGGAAGAGCCUUCGUCAUCGGCACCUCCAUCCUCCGGUGAGGCCCUCAGCGACAAAUACUACAUCGCACAGAUCAAGGGCAUGAAGAAAUUCGAGCUGUCCACUCUCUACGUGGAUUUUACCCACUUGACCUCGCUGGAGAAUCACAUUCUGGCCGAUGCCAUCGCCGGACAAUACUACCGCUUCCUCCCAUUCCUCACUAAAGCUCUUCACAACCUGGUCGCCAAAUACGAACCGGAAUACUUUGUUUCUCACAGAUUGGCCUCCAGCGCUUCCACGCAACCCACCGCCUCCGUGGCCUCGGCUUAUUCUAGUGUUAACGACAAUCCUGAUCUGGAGCGUCAAAUCCGCGAGAAGACUCGCCACCAGCAGACAGAUAAGCUUUUUGCCCUCGCCUUCUACAACUUGCCGCUGGUCUCGCGACUUCGCCAGCUGCGCACAAACCAGAUUGGAAAAUUGCUUUCUGUAUCUGGAACCGUCACGAGGACCUCCGAGAUUAGACCUGAGUUGUCGCUGGGAACCUUCAUCUGUGAGGGCUGCAAGACUAUCGUAACAAAUGUUGAGCAGACCUUCAAAUACACCGAGCCCACCGAGUGCCCGAAUGCCACUUGCGGUAACCGUCAUGGCUGGCGCUUGGACAUCGGCAAGAGUACCUUUGUUGAUUGGCAGAAGGUCAAGCUUCAGGAGUCAUCUCAUGAAAUCCCCACUGGUAGCAUGCCCCGCACUAUGGAUGUCAUCUUGCGUGGUGAGAUGGUGGACCGUGCCAAGGCCGGCGAGCGUUGCAUCUUCACGGGGACUCUGAUUGUCGUUCCCGAUGUGAGCCAAUUGGGACUCCCUGGUGUGCGUCCUGAGGCUGUCCGUGACAACAACUCUUUCCGCGGCAGCGAGGUCGGUGGCGGUGGUGUGUCCGGCCUGAAGGCGCUAGGUGUUCGUGACCUGACGUAUCGUCUGGCUUUCCUUGCCUGCAUGGUGACUCCGGACACCACGACCCCUGGUCAGAAGCCGGAGCAGCAACUCAGCGGCCAGUCGAACAACAUCCUGGCCUCUUUGAACCAGAAUACCGAUCCCGAUAUGAAUGAUGAUAAGGCUCAGGAAGCUUUCCUCCAGAGCCUCACACCCACGGAGGUCCAGGACUUGAAGAGACUGGUCCAUUCAGAGUACAUAUACUCUCGUCUCAUUGACUCAAUUGCUCCCAUGAUCUUCGGUCAUCGUCAAAUCAAAAAGGGUCUGCUUCUCCAACUGAUCGGUGGUGUCAGCAAGAAGACGGCCGCAGAGAGCCUGCAACUUCGUGGUGAUAUCAACAUUUGCAUUGUUGGCGACCCGUCCACCAGUAAGAGUCAGUUCCUGAAGUACAUCUGCUCCCUGCACCCCCGCGCAGUCUACACCUCGGGUAAAGCCUCCUCUGCAGCCGGUCUGACAGCAUCCGUCGUGAAAGACGCCGAAACCGGCGAAUUCACUAUUGAAGCCGGAGCUCUGAUGCUCGCUAAUGGAGGCGGAAUCUGCGCCAUCGACGAGUUCGACAAAAUGGAUAUUGCUGACCAAGUCGCCAUUCACGAAGCUAUGGAACAACAAACCAUCUCCAUUGCUAAAGCAGGCAUUCAUACAACCCUCAAUGCCCGCGCCUCCAUCCUAGCCGCCGCCAACCCCAUCGGCGGCCGCUACAAUCCCAAGCUCACCCUGCGUCAGAACCUGAAUUUUAGCGCGCCUAUCAUGUCUCGAUUUGACGUGUUCUUCGUCGUCCGAGAUGAGCCUAAGGAGCACGUUGAUCGCAGUCUGGCGGAACACAUUGUCAAUGUGCACAUGAACCGUGAUGAGGCUGUCGAACCAGAGUUAAGCACCGAGCAGCUGCAGCGGUAUAUUCAGUUCGCGCGUACUUUCCGACCUGUCUUCACGGAUGAAGCGAAGGCUCUUCUUGUUGAGAAGUACAAGGAGCUUCGUGCAAAUGAUGCUCAGGGUGGUAUGGGUCGCUCAUCGUACCGUAUUACCGUCCGUCAGCUGGAGUCUUUGAUCCGAUUGUCUGAAGCCGUGGCUAAGGCCAACUGUGUCGAGGAAGUUAUUCCCAAGUUCGUGAUCGAAGCAUACGAUCUUCUCCGCCAGAGUAUCGUGACUGUCGAAAAGGACGAUGUCGAGGUCGAAGACGACGUUCCCGCUGCUCGUGGUAUUGAUGAGGACCAAGAGAUGGGUGACCGUGACCGUGAUGGCGACAGCCCGAUGCGCGAGGACGGUGAAGAGGCCCAGACGCACGCGAAGGCUGAGAAGACAAAGACUAAGAUCACUUUCGACAAGUACUCCAAGAUCCUGAACCUGUUCGUGCAGCGUAUCCGCGAGGACGAGGUGAACCAAGGAGAGGGCGUCGAGCAGGAGGAUUUGAUCCUCUGGUACCUCGAACAAAUCGAGGGCGAGUUGAACACCGAGGAUGAUUACCAGCGCGAGCGGGACUUGGCAGCGAAGGUAUUGAAGCGCAGUGUCAGAGACCGGGUCAUUCUCCGUAUCUCUUCAAGUCUCAUGGAAGAUACUCAACAGUCCGUAGCAGAUAAGAUCCUCUACGUGAUGCACCCCAACUGCGCGUUUGAAGAGAUGUAG